UCAUGUUCAUUCCCAGAGUCCAUUGAUAAUAUACCUCGGCCUUGCGCGCACUAUCAAGCUCACACGGCACAGAUCUCUUCGGAUGCGAUCCUGGAUAGGCUCAGAUCUUCUUGCUGCAUGUAUUCUCUCUCAGCAUGAUUGCAUCUGGUGCCUCAGUCGGUUAUUUUCCACAGAGCGCGCGACGUGUUUUCGAGUCUCCACGCCCUUGACUUUUUUUGUUACUUUUCUCACUCAAACUUUUGAUUUGACAAACGACAAACCCAAUUUUUCUUGCAAGCCAUUUGAUUCCAUACAUCAACAAGGGUGAAUUCUUACAUCCAGAUGCUCCGCUGCGGGCUAUGCUCUUAAGAUUCCAAACUCAACCAUGAGCUCACCAUGGAAGUCUGCGACGGACAGCCCCUCGAGACAGCUACUUCUGGAACUCGGCCGAAUUCGCAGCGAUGCCAACGAUAGCUUCUACAGUAGACUCGAUGAAGAAACUUUGACACUAGAGGCCGCACACAGAGCUGCCUUGGUUGCCGCCGCCGCCGAACAUGAGCGUGUCCGCCAGAGCGCGGAAAUCGCGAGAGAACAAUUCGAAUUAGAGCUCGAACGCCAACGAAGAAUACAAGAGGAAUCCGAACGCCGCGAGCUGGAGAGGAGGCGCCGCGAGAAAGCGGAAAGGGACCUACGGGAGCUGGAGGAACAGAAAAGAAGACUCGACGAGUUCCACAGAGCCGAAGCGGAGAAGAGGAGGGUGGAAGAGGAGAUCAAAGCAAAGGAGAGAGCAGAGGAGGAGAGGCGGAGACGGGAGGAGCAGGAAAGGGUCGAAGCUGCUCGACGACGAGAAGCGGAGGAGGCUGAGGCAAGAAAGAAAGCCCAAGAUGCCGCGGCGGCAGCGCAAGCCAAAGCCGAAGAAGCACGAAGGGCCGCCGCUGUGCCGCAAGCAAAACCUAUCCAGGCUCCAGUCGCACCCCAGCCAUCAGCUCCGGCUGGCCUCAGGCGCAGCAUUGCCGAGAAGAAUGCUGUUCACCAGCAGUACGCGCAACUGCACAGACGCCUGAAAGAACUGCGCUCUUUCAUGGUUCAACAAUCCAAGCAGAAUCCAGUGUUGAAGAAAAACAUGGGUGACAUGAGGCGGGAGAUCAAAAAGUGUGUGGGCCAAUUGACCGAAGGCAAGGGAACGAACCGAAUACCCACCGAGAGAAUAAAAACACUACUCAAAGAGGCCAGCAGCCUUUCUGAGCCCGCAGUCGAUGUACGCCAAUACAUCGUUCCAAAGCCGGAGCUUGCCCCCUUACUUCAGAGCGCCGACGGUGCUCACGGACCGGGCUUGCUAGUUUAUCUCCUCAACAUUUUUGCCAAAGCAAUCAUCUCACAGUUCAUCAACGAAUCGAGCGUGUCACCAAAAUCCGCCGAUCCGAUUGGUGUGGUAGCUGCCUCGGUCUUCUCCUCAAACGAUUUCCGAUGGAAGGGCGUAUCUCUUAUCGAUAUAUUGAUGGCCAAAUUCCACGUGGUCUGUCCAGUCCUUUGGGGUAUAUAUGGCAGCGAGAAAACCGAACAGGGAAGGCAACGGCUUGGUUGGUGGCGCGAGGAGCCCGGUGGACCUUGGAUUUCCGAGCAGCGUCACAAUGAACGCAUGACAGGUCUCGGUUCCGGCUUCGCUGCCAUUGCAUUGCGAAACUUUGAAAAGUCUCCGCUGCAAAAUCCAUAUCCCAACAUCCAUUACUGGCGCGCUGUCGCGUCUAUUGUCAACGUGCCUCCGCAGGAGGCUACAGGGACUCAUUUUGUCGUCCUCAAAGCGAUGAUAGAGAACUACGAAGGGAGGUUCUUAGAAUUUUAUGGCCAUGCAGCAUUGGUGGCGUUGAAGAAGGCUCUUGUUGCUUUCCCCCGUCAAGCCACGAACCAGGGAGUUGCUGCAAAAGCCGUCACCGUGCUUGCCGAUGUGUAUCAGCGAGACAAGAGGCUUACGCUUGCAGCGUAGUGAAUAUUUGCUACAAGCGACGCUCUCUGGACGAGUUAUUAUCAUACUUUUUCUUUUAUUGGCGGGCCUUUGCUGCAUUGUUAAGGUUACGCGAUACGCUUGUAUUAUAUCAUAAACUAUUGAGCGCCAUUUAGGAUUCAAAUAUAGACUAUAACGCAUUAUCAUCAGCUGUUCUGGCGAGAAACAAAGGGGG